UUGCUUCUUUGGCAUUCUGCAAUGUUCUGCAAUCGCGGGGAUUGUAGAGAGAGAUUCCCAAGCCUGGCAGGUCCAUUCUGGUGGUGAAGUUGUUGCUAUUCUCUACGCGGGAGUGGUGGCUUCAGCAAUGGCAUUUGCAUUACAGAUAUGGGUGAUUGAACGAGGAGGCCCAGUGUUCGUUUCAGUGUACCUGCCUCUACAGACAUUACUGGUAGCUCUAAUGGCCUCAGUCAUUUUAGGUGAACAAUUCUACUUGGGAGGCAUUAUUGGAGCAGUAUUGAUCGUAGCCGGACUCUACCUGGUGGUCUGGGGGAAAAAUGAAGAGAGCAAGUUUGGCAAUGAAAAUGGUGAAUUUCCUCGAUCAAUGCCUGCAGAUGAACAAUUCUCUCUCUUUCAGUCAUUACUCAGUUCCUCUUCGAAGUAGUUCAAGCUCAUGUAUUGGUCCUAUUGGCUCAUUGCUUUGUCUUUUUUUUUUUUUUUUUUCUUUCCUUCUUCAUUCUGUAACUUCUAAA